UACCACAGCGUAUCUUUUUGUACGUGUACUGCAAGCGGAAUCGUUUCGACGUAUCCCCGGAAACUUCCAUAACAAACAUGGCGGACGAUCACACAGAUGCAGAUCAAUCGAUGGAGACAAACACACCAGAAAAUCCUCACACAGAGUACGGGCUGACAGAAAACAUCCAGAGGACAGUGGAGAAUGAGAAGGCAAGUGCGGAGAAAAUUUCCAAACAGAAAGUGGAGCUUCAGGCACUGCCAACCAGGGCUUACCUAGAUCAGACGGUGGUUCCCAUCCUGCUGCAGGGCCUGUCAGUGCUUGCCAAGGAAAGACCACCCAACCCCAUCGAGUAUCUAGCAGCAUUUCUGCUGAAGAACAAGAACCAGUUUGAAGAAAGAAGCUAAAAUGUGUGUCUGUUGUUUUUCUUUUUUUAAGUUGAUUAUAAUAAACAUGUGGACGUGAAGCCAAG